CGUGGCCGCGCGUACCCCCCUCCCCGGCUGCGCUGGUGGCGGCGGCGGCGGCUCGGCUAUGGCGGACCUGAGCGCGGAGCGGCUGUGCUCGCUGCCCGGCAACUGGAGCUACGGGAUCAGCCAGGGCGGCCGCCUCUUCUUCAUCAACGAGGAGGCGAAGAGCACGACCUGGCUGCACCCGCACACCGGAGAGGCCGUGAUCACCGGGCACCGCCGCAGCGCAGACUUACCCACAGGUUGGGAAGAAGCAUAUACUUUUGAAGGUGCAAGAUACUACGUAAACCAUAAUGAACGGAAAGUGACCUGCAAGCAUCCAGUAACAGGACAGCCAUCACAGGAUAACUGUAUUUUUGUUGUGAAUGAACGGACUGCUGCAACCAUGACAUCUGAAGAAAAGAAAGAACGAACAGUAAGCACAAUAAGUGACGCUUCCAACUACAAUUUGACAUCAGAUUAUGCUGUGCAUCCAGUGAGCCCUGUGGGCAGAACGUCACGGUCUUCAAAGAAGGUUCAUAAUUUUGGAAAGAGAUCAAACUCAAUAAAGAGGAAUCCUAAUGCACCGGUCAUCAGACGGGGGUGGCUUUACAAGCAGGAUAGUACUGGUAUGAAGCUGUGGAAGAAACGAUGGUUUGUGCUUUCUGAUCUGUGCCUCUUCUAUUACAGAGAUGAAAAAGAAGAGGGAAUAUUGGGGAGCAUACUUCUACCUAGUUUUCAGAUAUUGAUGCUUUCUUCUGAGGAUCAUAUUAAUCGCAAAUAUGCUUUUAAGGCAGCUCAUCCAAACAUGAGGACCUAUUAUUUCUGCACAGAUACAGGGAAGGAAAUGGAGCUAUGGAUGAAAGCCAUGAUAGAUGCAGCACUUGUACAGACAGAACCUGUGAAAAGAGUAGAGAAGAUGACUGAAAACACACCACCUCGAGAAGUGAAUAACAUUUCGAACCACAGGGUGUUAAUUAAACCAGAGGCACAGAAUAAUCAAAAAAACAAAGAAGUAAGCAAAAAUGAAGAGAAGGCGGCUUUGGAAGCUGAAAAAUAUGGAUUUCAGAAAAUUGGACAAGAUAAACCCUUAACUAAAAUUAAUAGUGUAAAGCUAAAUUCAGAAUACAGAACCUUACCAGUGAGCGCACUUCAGGCUGGACUCUACAGGCCAGUUCAUUUAAAUGGGUCUGAGAAUAAAGCUGUCAAUAUUGUGGCGGACACUGGAGAUGGAGGACAGCACAAUGCAGUUCACUCACAUAUGGAAUCUGAACGAGUCAUACAGAGAACUAAUUCAAUGCUUCAGUUGGAGCAGUGGAUUAGAAUUCAGAGAGGAAAGGGGCAAGAUGAGGAAACAAGAGGCAUAAUUUCAUAUCAGACACUACCAAGAAAUAUGCCAAGCCACCGACCCCAAGUUGCACCCCGUUACCCAGAAGGCUAUAGAACCCUGCCAAGGAACAGCAAAACGAGGCCAGAGAGUGUUUGUAGUGUGACACCAUCAGUUUAUGACAGGACCAUAGGACCAGUAACAGCUGAAGAAAAGCGGAGAUCCAUGCGGGAUGACACAAUGUGGCAACUCUAUGAAUGGCAACAACGUCAAUUUUACAAUAAGCAAACAACUCUUACUCGACAUAGUACUUUAAGUAGUCCAAAAACCAUGAUCAAUAUUUCUGAUCAGGUGAUGCAUUCCAUUCCCACAUCACCUUCCCAUGGUUCCAUAGCUGGUUACCAAGGAUAUUCCCCUCAACGGACAUACAGAUCAGAAGUGUCAUCACCGGUGCAAAGAGCAGAUGUAACAAUUGACCGCAGACAUAGAACGCAUCAUGCUAAGCACAUCUUCAUGCCUGAAAGAAGGUCGAUGCCAGCAGGUCUGACUUUACAGCCUGUUACUCCUCAGAGCCUCCAAGGCAAAACGCCAGAGGAGCUCACGCUGCUGCUAAUAAAGCUGAGACGGCAGCAAGCUGAACUGAGUAGUAUCCGGGAACACACACUAGCACAGCUCAUGCAACUAAAACUUGAGGCCAACAGCCCAAAGAAUGAGAUUCUUUCACAUCACCUUCAAAGGAAUGCCAUAUAUUUGGAUCAUCAGAUGAAAGAGAAUGAACCUUUAAUCACCAUGGUUCACACUAUGAUUGAGAACUCGGCGCUAAGACCACAACUGUACCAGCAAUUGACACAAGAAGAAUGUAGGGGUACACUAUACAAAUAUAGAUCUGAAGAAUUGGAUAUAGAUACUAAGCUUAGCCGGUUAUGUGAACAAGAUAAAGUGGUACAAGCACUGGAAGAGAAACUUCAGCAGCUACACAAGGAGAAAUACACGCUUGAGCAAGCUUUGCUAUCAGCCAGUCAAGAGAUAGAAAUGAAUGCAGAUAACCCAGCUGCCAUACAGAAUGUAGUCUUACAGCGAGAUGACUUACAGAACGGACUGCUUAGCACUUGUCGAGAAGUGUCUCGAGCUACUGCAGAACUGGAAAGAGCAUGGAGGGAGUAUGACAAAUUAGAAUAUGAUGUAACAAUUACAAGGAACCAUAUGCAGGAGCAGCUGGACCGACUUGGGGAAGUUCAGACUGAGUCAGCAGGUAUACAGCGUGCUCAGAUUCAGAAGGAACUUUGGAGAAUUCAAGAUGUCAUGGAAGGUUUGAGUAAACAUAAACAACAAAGAAGUUCUACAGAGGCAGGUACCAUGGGAUCAAAGUCUUUUUCAGCUAUUAAGUGUAAAAAUGAGGAAGAGGAAGUAGUCCCACCUCGUCCUCCACUCCCUCGGUCCUAUGACUUUACAGAGCAUCCUCCCAUAAUCCCCUCUCUGCCCAGUGAUAGCAGCUCCUUGCUCUGUUAUAGUAGGGGCCCAGUACAUCUGCUGGAAGAAAAGAAGAUUCACCAAGUUCAAGGAUAUCAGAGAAAUGGAUCUUACUGUGGUCCAGAUUAUAGACUUUAUAAGAGUGAGCCAGAGUUAACAACAGUGGCAGAAGUUGAUGAAUCUAAUGGUGAAGAAAAGACAGAACUAGUUUCAGAGUCAGAAACUUCUACAACUAAAGGUUCACAUUUUCCUGUUGGAGUUGUCCCUCCCAGAACCAAAUCACCAACUCCAGAAUCGUCAACAAUAGCCUCUUAUGUCACUUUAAGGAAAAACAAGAAGAUAGAUCUAAGAAUGAUGAGAUGUCAGGUAGUGUGGAAUAAAGGAAGAAGACAAAAUGACUAAGAUAGGAAAAGGGAGCAGAGAAUAGAGAAGACAGAAGGGAAAACUGACAGAGGAUUUUAGGAAUGAGGAUGGAGGCAGAAGCAAGACAAUAACAAGUGUGAGUUCAGAGAAGAGAUUACUACCACUUUUGAAAAGACAGUAUCCAGACUUUUUGUGCAUGUUUGGGAAAUCAGAGUCCACGACGACAACCGUACUCUAGUCUUCAACCUUGUCUGUAGUAUGAACAUUUUCUAUUACUACUUAAUACAGUUUAACUGUAAUCAUAGAACAAGGUGAACCAAGUCCAGAACCAUUCUGAAAACAGCUUAAAACCUUUAAAUGCAGUUGCAGAAAUGGUGCUGAACAUAGUUUGUCUUGGUCUAUGCUUGCAGUUAAAUUGUGUCCUGCUGUACCCAUUCAUAGAGUUUAAGGCCAGACGGGAUAAUUAGAUUAUCUCAUCUGACCUACUGUAUAUCUCAGGCCAUUAAAUUUGAGCUACCCCUGUACUGAGCCCAAUAACUUGUGUUUGGCUAAAGCUUAUCUUCCAGAAAGAUAUCUUGUCUUGAUCUGAAGGCUUCAAGAGAUGGAGAGUACGCCAGUUCCCUUGGUAGUUUGUUCCAAUGUUUAAUCACCCUCGCUGUUGAAAACUUUUGCCUAAUUACUAAUUUGAAUUUGUCUGGGUUCAGCUACCAGGGGUGGCUUUUGUUUUGUCUUUCUCUGCUGGAUUAAAGAGCCCUUUAGUGCUCAGUUUCUCACGGUGAGUACAUAUACAUUGUAAUCAAGUCAUCUGUCCAUCUUCCUUUUGAUAAGGUAAACAGAUUGAGAUCUAAAUGUCUCACUGUAAGGCAUUUCCCCCUCCCCACCCCCAGCUUUUGAAUAAUUUUUUGUGGCUCUUUUCUUUACCACCUCCAGUCUUUCAACUUUUUUUUAAAAUGUGGACAUCAGAACUGUAUGCAGUAUUCUAGUAGUCUCAUCAAGGCUAUGUAUAGAGGUAAAAACACCACCCUACUCCUACUUACUCCCCAUCCCUCUAGGUGUAUACGUCCAAGGAUCACGUUAGUCCUUUUUUGCCACAUUGUUGCUCUAGAAGCUCAGACUGAGUUGCUUGUCCACUGCUCAACAUGAGUUCCCAAUGUGAUGCUGUGGAGAAAAAGGCUAAUGUGUUGCUGACACCUGUUGUCAGCAAUGGGUAAUUUUUCUAGUAUAGACAAAAGUUACUGAUACUUUUUAGCUCAUUUGACAGCAGAUUAGCAACUACGGUGUUGGUAUAUUUUAGGAAUAAAUUAGGUGUGAGGAAACAACAUAUGGAUGCCAAAUGUAUGAUGGUUCUUCGAGGAAUGUCCCCGUAGGUGCUCCACUUUAGGUGUUCAUGCGCCCUGUGCUUAUAAUCGGAGAUUUGUGGUAGCAGUGCCUAGUUUGGUUGUGCACGCGUCAUCACCGUCUCACACUGCUCCAGGCAGUUACAUAGUACUGUGCAACCAACUGUCCCUCAGUUCCUUCUCUACUGCCUUUUGCCUUGAGUCAGAGCGAUUAGCAGUGCCCUCACUUACCUUUAAAUAAGAUAUAUUUUAUAGUAUACUUAGUAAUUAGUUUAUCAUUGUUACUCUUUAUGCUUAUUUUAUUUAAAAAAAAAAGUCUCCCUUAUUCCCCUCAGUAGGAAAAUUAAGUUUAGGCUUCCCUAGAGUUACUGCUCCCUUCUUAUUUGGGACAGAACCUCUCCACGUGCCCGGAUUGCCGAGAUUCAAACACUGCCUGACUUGCAGACUGUCAAUCCCUAUCUCUGAUAGACAUGCACAGUGUGUCUGCUGUCUUGGCAAGACACACAUUCCUCAAAAGUGUCCACAUUGCUGUGAUCUCAUGGCCAGAACAAGAAAAGUUAUGGAUCUUCAACUUAAGCUCCUUAUGAUGGAGAAAUCUCUGAUACCGGCCUCAAACUCUGAGUCGAGGACCCCUCUGGACCGACAGUCGCCAUCAUCAGCCCCUAGAAAGAGACUUUACCUAAGAAGUUACUAAAAAGCAGGCUCAAACUUCAUCACAACUGGAAUUAGCUACGAAAAAGCGAUCCCCUACCUCCAAGACUACCUCGGUACCGAUGGCACUGAGCCAAGACCGUCCAGUACCACAAGUUUUCAGAGAGCCAAAGACCCUAAGUGGGCAAGCUCAAACAGAGGCUCACAGGGCAAAGUGAAACCCUCCACCUCGGUACCCACAGAGCUGAAAAGGCGCUCCACACCACCUGCGGUACUUACACAGCAGAGCACAAGAUCCUUGGCACUGGCAGCUACUACUCACACUCUCGUACCACCAGCAAUGCCAACAUUGAUACUGAUGCUCACGGUACCACACCAAUUCCUGAAACAUACAGACCUUCUGGUCUCCUCAACACUGGAAUCUCCGCUACUCGGUACCGAUGGUAUCCAUCUCGAUUGGUACCAAGCUGGCUGACCACUCCACCUAGGUCAGCUCCCCCUCACUCUAGUGAUGAUGAUGACGAGGAUGAAGGGGUGAUGCAUACAACUCAUCACUCCUCACCCAAACUUGGACCAACCCACCGACCAGAGUACCACUCAUCCUCAGAGGCACAUCGCUGGUAUGGACACCUGUGGGCACAAACACACGCCAUGCCAUUCCCACCAAACUGGCCCAGUUGGGAUCAGUGGACAGUAUACAGGGCCCAACAUCAUAGCCCACCAAGAUCAAGAGCACCAUGGUCACCUAUCCCAGCAGCAUCAAAAACACAAGAGGGGGUGACUGAGGAAACCUCAGACCAGGAAGCAUUACCAAGAGUGAACCUGUCUUCUUCAUCAUCAGAUGGAAGUAUAAUGCCCCCACCACAGGGGAUGACUUCAAGCAAUUCCAGGAACUCUUCAAAAGGUGGCAUAGACCUUGGGCAUAUCACUAGAAGAGGUACCUGAAUCACAGCAUAAACUACUAGACAUACUUCAAACAUCUACCUCGGCAAAGGUAGCAUUUCUGAUCAACGAUGCUAUUAUGGAGCCUGCCAAAACCAUCUGGCAGACACCAGCAACAGCACCCCCAUCAUGCAUAAGAUCAGUCAAGAAAUACCGUGUGCCAUCUAAAGGAGUUGAAUUCUUAUUUAAACACCCCAUACCAAACUCACUAGCAGUGGAAGCAGUAAAUGGCUAAAACAACCCGUAUGACAGAGAUUGGAAUAAGUUAGAUCUCUUCAGCCACAAGGUGUAUUCAUUUGCAACACUGCAGUUUCGCAUAGCUAAUUACGAGGCCCUACUGUCCAAAUAUACAUAAAUUUUUUUUGAAAAUUUCAGAAUUUAUUGAAGAGAAAAAAGAACAGUUAAAACUAAUAUCGCCAAAGGUCAUCUCAUUGUCAGGACAGCGCUGCAGGCCUUUCUUGACUCCACAGACAUGGACGUAUGCUCCAUCACAAUAUCUGUGGUAAUGCGCCAUGCAUCAUGGCUUCAUCUCUCGGGGUUCCCCAGGGAGAUCCAGUCAACAGACGAGGAUCUGCCGUUUUAAGGCCCAAAGUUAUUCACUGCCAAAACAGACGAGUCACUCCAUACCCUUAAGGACUGAAGGGCAACAUUAAAAUCCCUGGGCAUUUAUACACCUGCAAAUAAAAAGAAAUGGCUGGUAUUCUACCCAGAGAUUCUGCUUGCCGUCGUACAUGCAACUGCACAGGCAAUAUGACCAACGCUGCAAACAAAGACAAAUCAGAUGUCGACAAAACCAAAACGAACCUUCGACAUCCCAGCAAUCUACCUCGAGACAGCAAUUUUGAAGGUGUGGUCAAGGACAUGAGACAACCACAUGCUCUAACACUGGAAACUGAGACUAUCUCCCGAACAUUCUGAGAUCACCUGUCACCAAGUACCAAGUCUGGAACACCAUCACUACAAAUAAAUGGGUUUUUAGAAAUUAUCCAACAGGAUUAUUCCAUCCCACCUACCCACCCCCCUUCCCUGGUCCUCUUCAGUGACCACUCUCAUGAAAGUACCUUCCACAACAGGAAAUAAACCACCUCAUACACCUAGAUGCAGUGGAACCAUUACCAAUGCAGCACAGGGGGAAAGGUUUUUACUCUCACUAUUUUCUAACCCAGAAAAAGAUGGGCGGGUGGAGACCCAUUCUGGAUCUAAGAAAACUCAAGUUCAUAAAAACACAAUGUUUCAAAGUGCUGACACUUAACAACUAUAAUUCCAGCAUUAGAGAAGGGGGACUGGCUCUUAGCCCUCGACCUGCAAGAUGCAUAUUUUCACUUUACCAUCCAUCCAUCACACAGAAGAUUCCUAAGGUUCACCCUGGGAAAACGACGUUUCCAAUACAAAGUAUUAUCUUUCAGCUUGUCAACUGCCCCAAGGAUUUUCUCCAAAGUUUUAGCACUGGUGGCAGCGCACCUCUGCAGACAGUCAUGAUAUUUCCAUAUCUGGAUGACUGCCUCAUAAGGGCACCAACAUAACAUGAAGCAAUAAGUGUCACACAGAAUACGAUAAUCCUUUUCACAAACUUAGGAUUACAAUUAAACCUGCUUUAAAAGUCAACAUUGAUUCCUGUCCAGAAACUGGAAUUCAUCGGAGCUUGUCUUGACUGUUCAACCACGACAGCAACACUACCUCAGCAACGCUUCAUCACACUCGUCAACUUAAUUUCGACAGUGACGGACAGUCCACAAACAUCUGCCAGAACAUGCUUACAACUACUUGGACAGGUCAGCAACGUCAUUUGUCGUCAAACACGUCAGACUUCACAUGAGAUCCCUGCAGGUUGGCCUUAAACAGCGUACACACCUCACAGACACAGCCUACACAGACAUCUCACAAUGCCAAACAAGGUAAAGGACUCAUUUAAGAUGGUGGACACA